GUGCAGCACCGAGACAGAUACACAACAGACGGCGUGACAGGUUCAAAAUGCACUUCGGCCGAGAAAUUAUGCGUCUCUGGUGCCACGUGGUUGCGGUGACAGCAGGACAGCAGAUGACAGAGCAGCUUUGAAAAGAAAAGGGUGACACUCAAAGGCUUUUACUGUGCCAGUGUGAUCAGAGUGAUCAGACAAACCAUAAAAACGUGUAAUAAAGAAUAAAGAAUCGUAAUACUUUCUGCAGAUGUUCACUGCGCCUUCCUCUGCGGUUACUUUUCCAGCACAGAAAGUGGAAAAUUCUGCAGAACCCGAGUUACCUGAUAGACUUAAAAAACCAACAACCGGGUGUAAUUUUGAACUUCUUCAGGAAAUCGAAUUACACGAGGAGCGACGGUUCCUCAUUUGCAUGUCUGCUGUCCUGGCGCGCGAAGACAAAACAACUCAGAGUGGACGCUUCUUUCUUUAAACAGCAUGUAAAAGUCAGACACAAUCGCCACAGCGACGACAAAGUGUGAUAAAGAUAAAGCCGUCGCGCGAGGGCAGCUCUGAUGCGCCUGUGCACGUGGACGCAGAGGCGUGCGUGGAAGCAACAGGCGGUGAAGCGAGAGACGUCUCUCCUCGUGACAUCUGUAACUUGUGAUUUUGGUGCGAGCCAGCACAGGACACGCGGCGUGGAUACUUUCACGCGCGGGAGCCGUUGUGUAAACGCGGAGCGAGAAAGAGGGCGGUCAGAGGAGUGACGGCACACGGUGCGCCGCGCGCUGCUCUCACUCCCAGCUCGGCUUCUGGUGGGGUGCCCGUCACACGUGCAGUUUGUUGUUCGUGCACGGCGGGACUACCGGCGUCGGGAGACGCAUGCUUGAAAAGACCUGCGCUCACUUGACGCCCGCUUUGGUGAUGCCAUGCCCCGGAACCACAGCGGAGACGAAGGCGGCACCGGGCUCUGGAUGAGGACCUCACCGGGGCACCGUACCGAAGGCUACGGCUUGAAGGAUGUGGAGUCCGGCGGAAAGAUGAUGAACAACGCAGGAGACGGCUUGCUGUCGGCCCCCGGCGCCGCAGGUGCUGCCGGGUCCGACAACGCGAGGGGGAAGCAGGGAGCCCGGCUCAGCCUGCUGGGGAAGCCACUCUUAUACAGCACCCAGAGCGGCCGGAGAAACGUGCGCUACCGGCGGCUUCAGAACUACCUGUACAACGUGCUGGAAAGACCGAGAGCCUGGGCGUUCAUCUACCACGCGUUUGUGUUCGUCUUGGUCUUCAGCUGCCUGGUCCUCUCUGUGUUCUCCACCAUCCCGGCUCAUCAGGAGUUCUCCUCCUACUGCCUGCUCAUUCUGGAGUUUGUGAUGAUUGUGGUGUUCGGGUUGGAAUUCAUCAUCCGUAUCUGGUCAGCGGGAUGCUGCUGUCGCUACAGAGGAUGGCAGGGUCGGCUGCGCUUUGCCAGGAAGCCCUUUUGUGUCAUCGACAUCAUAGUGCUGAUAGCGUCAGUGGCGGUGGUGUCAGCAGGUAGCCAGGGCAACAUCUUUGCCACGUCAGUCCUGCGAAGCCUGCGUUUCCUGCAGAUCCUACGAAUGGUGCGAAUGGACCGAAGGGGAGGCACCUGGAAGCUGUUGGGCUCUGUAGUCUACGCACACAGCAAGGAACUGGUAACCGCCUGGUACAUCGGCUUCUUGGUCCUCAUCUUCUCUUCGUUCCUUGUCUACCUUGUGGAGAAUAAGUUCAACAAUGAGUUUGCUACGUAUGCGGAUGCCUUGUGGUGGGGCACAAUCACCCUGACAACCAUCGGCUACGGAGACAAGACGCCAAAGACGUGGACGGGGCGGAUGCUGUCCGCGGGGUUCGCCCUCCUCGGCAUCUCCUUCUUUGCCUUGCCAGCUGGUAUUCUGGGUUCAGGCUUUGCCCUGAAGGUCCAGGAGCAGCACAGACAGAAGCACUUUGAGAAGAGAAGAAACCCAGCGGCCUACCUCAUCCAGUGUGUUUGGCGUAGUUAUGCGGCUGAUGAGAACUCGGUUUCCAUUGCUACCUGGAAGCCUCACUUGAAGGCGUUGCAUACCUGCAGCCCUACAAAGAAGGAGCAGGGAGAGUCGACCACAAGUAAAAAUCAUAGUAAUAAACAGAAGCUACUGAGGAGGUGUACUGCUCGGAAACAUAGCCAGAAGUUGAGUUUCAAGGAGCGGGUGAGGAUGGCGAGCCCCCGAGGUCAGAGCAUCAAGAAUAGGCAGACGUCAUCAGUGAACGACAGGCGCUCUCCGGUGGCUGACGCUGGCACAGAGGGCACCAGUCCCGCCAAGGUUCAGAAGAGCUGGAGCUUUAACGACCGCACGCGGUUCAGACCGUCGCUCCGCCUCAAGAGUCAGUCCCGCUCCACCACUGAUGCAGACUCCAACAUUACAGCGGAGGACGGUUUUGAUGAGAAGGGCUGUCACUGCGACAUCUCAGUGGAGGACUUGCAGCCCUCGGUCAAGUCUGUCAUCCGAGCUGUCAGGAUCAUGAAGUUUCAUGUAGCCAAGAAGAAGUUUAAGGAGACGCUGCGUCCGUAUGAUGUGAAGGACGUGAUCGAACAGUACUCUGCCGGUCACCUGGACAUGCUGUGCCGCAUCAAGAGCCUGCAGACCAGGCUGGACAUGAUAGUAGGCCCACAGCCCCUGAGCAGCCGAGCCAAGGCCUUUUCCUCCCCCUCCCUGUCUGUCUAUUACAGCCAGGGGAGGAAGAACUCCACCCAGGGGGUGGACCAAAUCCUUGGGAAGGGCCAAAUUCCUCUGGAUAAGAAGAUUCGAGACAAGCUGCUCUCUGAUGGCGAUAUACUGGAGGACAUGAGCAUGCUGGGUCGCGUCUGUAAGGUGGAGCGACAGGUCCAGUCGAUUGAGUCGAAGUUGGAUUCCCUGCUCGACAUUUAUCGUCAGGUUCUGCGUAAAGGCUCGUCUUCGGCCCUCACGCUUUCCUCUCUUCCCCUCUUCGAGCUGGAACAGACUUCAGACUACCACUCCUCUGUCUUCAGCAAGGACAUGUCCUGCUCCACCCAGGUCAGCAGCAGUGGAGCGCCGCCCACCAGCGGCUUCGUCACUCGCUCCUCCACCAGUUCUCAUCUCUCGCAGGGAGGACUCCAUCUCAUCCUGGGGCCCCCCAACGAGCUCAACCUCAAUCUCAAUGCCCCCUCUUCCACGCCUCCCUCUGGCCUCGCAUCAUCCUCUUUCAGCCCAUCGCCCCUGCCACAUCAUCAUCACCAUCGCCACCACCACCAUCCCCAGGCUCAGGCCACCACACCUGAAAGUGGCACUGAUGAGGCUAUGGGUAGUUCUCCACCCAUCCUCACCCCAAACAGUGUCAGCAGUUCAGGGGACAGAGGAGUAAGAGAUGGUGGGUUUCCUCUUCUGGCGAGGCUUCCACCUCCACCCCCUCCUAGCCGAAGUCACGGCCCUGGCACUUUAGUGCGAACAGCCUCCAUAGAGGUAUCCCCUGACAUAGAGGACUUUUGUGGAGGUCUUGGGACACAGAUGGAGGACAGCGUUGUCAGGAAGGGCCUUGGGUUGGGGCUCAACAGAUUGGGGCAGCAGCUCCAAGGGAACAGCAACAGCAGGCUUAGCACAAAGGAGGAGGGAUCUUGGAGGAGACAAAUGAGCUUGGAGCUGGAGCCCCUGGUGCCACCAGCGCUGGGCUGCUGCUCUGGGUCCAACGAGAUGGACCGAGGAUUGGGCAAGUCCAUGUCAGUGCAGGAUCUGAAGCAAGUAGCCCCCACCCAUCACGGCCACAGCCUGUCAUCUCCAAGCCCCAGUACAAGCAGUGACUCCCCCAUUGGCUUCCAUAGCUGUAGCCAAGAUCCAGGGGGAGGAGGGGGCGGUACAGGGAGGAGGAGUGGAGGUGGGUGGGGUGAGGAGGACCUCUUUAUCAGUGAUAGAGACAUUGAGACGCAGGGACUUGACUUCUUGUCACAGGGGUCUGCCGAGACUCCGACUUACUCCUCAGAACUCCUGAGGACAGGCGGCAGAGCCGGAGCAGGGACCCAGGGCUCAAACCGCAGUCUGGCCAGCGGUCACGCAUCCUUGCCCUCUACUGGCAGCAACGAGUUGCUGAACAUGCCACACGUACGGCUAAAAUAGACCCAGCUACAUGUCAGGAAGGCACACCAAUCUCACCUCAAAAAGACGGUUUUUAUCCUUUUUGGAGGGAAGUGGGUGGGUGGGAAUAUUACAUGGGGACUUCUUCUGUUUAUAUUCAUGUUGAUCCAUUUGAUAAGAAUCACAGUAUUUUCAUACAGGCUGACCAUAUGACAUAUCAUUGCAUGAGUUUUGUUUUAAAGUGUGAUUGACAAAUCUGAGAUAAGCGCCUGAGAAACGACAACAGAGACACCCAAAAACCUCUGCUGUUAAACUUGGGUUGAUAUGAGACCUUGACAUACAGCAUGAAGUGCAUGCUUAUUGUAAAGAGGUACAGAGAUUUGAAAUGUACAGUUUGCAGUCGAGGCCAUGGGCUCCUAACACUUAUUGAAACCCUCUCUGAGAAUGGCCAUGUUCAGUGUAUAAAAGCCACAUUUUGUGUGUCUCCCAUCAAACAAGACGUUUCCACACUGAAAUGAUGUUACAUCACUACUGCCAGAUGCAUUCUUUCUUUCCCAUCUUUAACCUCUUAACUCAUUCACUGCCAGUCGUUGGCAGUGAAUGAGUUAAACCCAUUGACUCAUUCACUGCAAUUGACGGCUAUAGACGUCAAUGGCAGUGAAUGAGUUAAGAUUCACAAGGUCAUUGAUGACAUAUCUUAGGUUUCGGUUUCUUAGCAUCCAACCCAUAUUUGAACAUUUUCACCUGUUUGGAAAAUGGAAAAUCUUUUUAUAGAAAAACUGUAAUGCGGAAAUGAACAAGACUUAAUUCUGAGAUGUAACGUCGUCUUUGUUUCUGGAAAUUUGGCCUUGUGGCUAAAAUAAGACCCAACUUUAACCAUAAUCUGUACAGGUAAUCUGAAGUUAAGAGGGUAAAUUUUAUGAAACUAAAGCAAUACAUUCAAAGGACAGAAUUUAAAUCAUUUUAGUUUCAAUCAAACCUUUAAAAAGAACUCUAUUAAAAAGGAAUAUACCAGUGUAAUGUGAAUACAGGCAAUACGAGUUACGUUUUCAUGCAUGUUUUUUUUCCGUCUUUACAGCAAGAACAACAAAUUUCUUGUGGUUUUAGGUUGUUGUCCUCCACACAAUUUUGGAACUCUGUUUUAUAAGGUGCAAGAACACACAGGGAAGGUAGGGGAGGGGCCAGUUGCAUUCAGAGAUUUGAUUGUCAGUAAUUAAAAUGAACAAAUGGGCUCCUGUUAGUGCUUGUAGGGCCCCCCC